UGUGUGUGUGUGUGGCCCCAGGAGGGGUCUCAAAAGAACAAUCGGUGUAGAAAGAGAAAGAACAGGAAUGAAGCUGCCGGGACAGAAGCUAAAAUAAGGCAGAAGGAACGAUGGAAAGAACAACUACGAGACAGACGCAAAGACAACAAAAGACAGACUGAAACAAGCGUGACCAGGACCAGGACUCAGCUGACCCAGAACAGGACCCGCGCAGAGGAAGACUGAACCACGAUGGACUAUGAACCCAAGAAAUCCAAGAAGGGUUUUGUCUCUCCUAUUAAGCGACUGGUCUGGUCAAAAUCUGGUCGCAGGCCGGUGGAUCGAGGCAGCGUUUACCGCCGCCCGCUACACACCGUCCCUCUCUACCCACCGGACUACCUCAUCCACCCCGAGAGGCUCAUCUUCGACUACAUAGAGAAGGAAGUCAAGUUCCUUGGUCACCUGACAUGGGUGUCAGUUUCACUGAAUCCCUCCAGCCGAGAUGAACUGCUGCAACUACUGGACACAGCCAGGCAGUUGAAGGUGCUGCCGCUGAAGACCAGCAUGGAUCAGGACUGUAUUCUGAGUCUGUCUGCUCGCUGUCUGCUGCUGACGUGGAGAGACAACGAGAAGCUGCUGAUGAGGAUUCCCACGCACGAGAUCGCUGCUGCGUCCUACCUGAGAGACGACGCGCUGCACCUGCUGGUCCUCAAGACAGGUCUGAACGUGGACACGGUGGUUGCCGGCGAUGACAGCCUGGACAGGAAAAGGCCAACAGGCAUUGAUGGCCGACGUCAAACCAUGAGCAGCAACGCUGACCCUCGACCUGCAGGAGGCACGAUGGAGCGACGACACACCAUCUGCGGAGUGGACUGGAGGCCGUCACUGUCCAGGAGUAACCACGACAAAAACCAGAACGUGGACAGAGGGGGAGGAGGGGGAGGAGAGAGAGGAGGAGGAGGAGGAGGAGAGAGAGGAGGAGGAGGGAGUUUGGAGAGGAAGAGAGUAGGAGGCAGCUGGGAAAGGAGGCAGCAAACACGCGGCGGUGGGAGCUGGGAAAGGAGGCAUGGGGGAGGAGGAGGAGGUGGUGGAGGAGGCGGUGGUGGGGGGAGCUGGGAACGGCGGCAAGCCUGCACGGGAAGCUGGGAACGCGGGAAGAGCUACGGCAGCUGGGAGAGACGGAACCACAACCCACUGGAGCCGACUCCCUGCCCUGAUGCCUACUGCAACCUGGUCAUCCUGGCUGUGGAGAACAGGGAUGCUGCAGAGGAGUACUGCUCUCUGAUCUGUCAGAUGUUCCAGAUCAUUUACGGCCAUCAGACCAUCGAGUGUGUCGACAGAGCCGGGUUUCACCACUCCAUGCCGGACCGCUAUUGGCUGCAGAGGAGCGACAGCUGUCUCACUGACAUGUCCUACAGUUAUGAUCCAGAGUUUAGCUGCUGCAGCUCAUAUGAUGGUUCCCAGGACGCCUUCGAGCUCUACUACAGUGAGACUUACAGCGAGAGUUCAUCUCUCUCGCUGCAGGACUCCCGUCGCAGUCUGGCUUCAGUCAGCGAUGGAGGAGACAGUAACCCCGCCCUGCUGCUGAUGCAGGAGUACAUGAUCACACUGCGUAACAAGCUGAGUCCAGGGGAGUUGCAGCAUUUUGCGGUGUUGUUGAGAGAAUAUAGAUUGGGAUCAAACAUCGACCACUUCUGCUCCGAGCUGCUGCAACUGUAUGGAGACAACCGCAAGUUCCUGCUGCUGGGCAUGCGUCCGUUCAUCCCUGACAAGGACGUCGGAGUGUUUGAGGGUUUCCUGGAGAGCAUUGGGAUCCGGGAGGGUGGAAUUUUAACUGACAGCUUUGGACGCAUCAAACGCAGCAUGAGCAACAUGUCAGCCACGGCUAUGAGAGGGUAUGACAACUCCUCUCUGGCCUCGGGAUCUCAGGAAUUCAACAGACGCAUCACCGACAUCACCCACGACAUCCAGGCGCUCGGCUUCCAGGACACACACGGGGACAUCGAGGAGGAAGACUACUACCUCUGAUGAAGAGUUUGAGUCGUUUGAUCUUGCACCUGAACAUGAACAUGCAGCAGUUCAUGUUCUCUGCAAAUAUGUUCAUGUUUUCAAAUGUAAUUCUUUAUAUGUACAGACAGUAAACAAAGAAAAGUGAAAUCAAAUGUAAACUGCACAGAAAUAUUCAGUCUAGGAUUAAACAAUGCAAAUGUUAGUUUAAUUUCCAUGUUUCAAAAUGGAUUAUUGCUGCAAAACUGAAAAUCCAAACUCCAUUGACUAUGUAUUUUAUGUAUAUAUUCAAAUAAACCUGAACUGUUUAUUAUUUAAGACAGAAAUUUUAACUUCUCAUCCUUAUAAAACACAAAAACAAGGAAAACUGGGGGGGCACGGUUUGGUACAGUCCUGCAAGCUUCAGCAUCCAAAGGUCAUAAUUAGAGGUUAUAUGUCAACUUGCAUCAGCCAAAAUCAGAAAUAAUAAUAAAAAAAGAAACGUCAGUUUGAAUAUCUGCAAAGAUUUAAAUAGAUAUUUCAGAACGAGCACUGAACACUGCACUGCACACUGUUAUUAUCCUUCAGUUUCUAAAAUGUCAUCAGCAGCCGAGCUUCAACACUGAAUAAAGAGUCUGAAAAUGUAA